CUUUAGCUUUUGUAUGCUUUUUCUUCUCAACCUUCCCACUUGGAUGAUGAGAUAAUGAUGUACUCCAACCUCAACAGCAUAUGCUCCAACACCCAAAAACUCGAGAGAGAGAGAGAGAGAGAGAGAGAGAGAGAGAGAGAGAGAGAGAGUGUUUUUAGAAAAUAAAGGUACUUUCUUUUUAUCCCACAAACAAACUGAUCAUUCAUUCCAGUUGUUUUUGCAGUGAAACACAACUGGGAUUUACCUCAUUUCUAUCCAUUAUGAGAUUUUCUGGCAAAAAGUUUUGAUCUUGAUAGCUUCUUUUGCUUUUCUGUUUGCUGCUCUACUGUUGGGUGAAAAUAGGAGCUUGAUAUAGAAAAGAAUCCAGAGGGAACUGAAUAUAGAAAAAAAAAACUUCUUUUUUCUGUUCCAUUCAGUGAUUCCAUUACAGUUUGCCAAAAUAACAUCUGGGGUUUUUAACCACUUGCUGUCUUUGUCUUUUGAUGGGAUUUUAUUGCUUCUUGAGUGAGCAAAAUUCAAUCUUUUUAUGUUCAAGAAUCUGUUUUUAAUCAAUUUCAGAGGUGGGGUUUACAGGAGUUUUGAAGAUAAUCAAUUUCAUUUUUUUUUCCUUGAAAUUAUGAGCUGUGUUUGUAGAGAAUUGACUGAAAUUCAGCUCAAUUAUUGAAGAUAAAGUGUUGUUCUUGAAGGGGUCAUUGACUUUUAAUGAGCUUUUCUGCUUUAAGUGGCUUUGCUCUUAAGCUGUCAAGGCAUUUUCUGAAGAUAUGUAGGUGGAUUUUAUUAAAGAUGUCACUAAAUUGCAAAUUGUUGGGAAUGAAUGGAAGCUUCUCUUCAAGUUUUAGGCUUAAGAAAGCCAAAGAGUCUUUGCAAGUACCAAAUUGUGGGUGGAGUUUGCAAAGAAAGCUUUUGUUUUUGUGGCUCAUUUUCUUUGGUAUUGGAUUUGUUUGGUUGGUUAUUAGCUUAAAUGGUGUGGUUUAUAGUUGGAAGCAGGAGAGUUCAGAACCAAAUGAAGAUAAAUCUGAUUUUAUUCUAGAACAUUUCAAUGUCACCAAGCAGCAAAUUCAAGCUUUAGCUACCUUAUUCUUUGAAAAAGAUCAGAUUUCAUCCUUGAAAUGCUCAAAAGGUCCUGUGCAGGAAAUGCCUAUGAGUACUACCAUUACUUGCCUUCUCAAGGUGCUAGGUUCAGAGAAUCUGAAGUACGAGCAGCAAUAUGAGAUGGCCGUAGAGAACUUUCAAGCAAAAGGCCAGUGCCCAGUUCCAGAUGAGGAUGCACUGAGAAAUAGUGACAUUUCACUAGAUGACAAGUCGUUGCCAUUUGUUUUGCAUCGUUUAUCUUCACUAGUCUCAGCAGAUCCUCAGUUCUUUCAAAAGAAAGCAUCACAAAUAAGAGAAGUUGGGAAUCAUAACCCAGAUCAUUGUAAUAGUAUUGCCUUCUGUUUCACAAAACUAUGCUGGUGGGUCCUUCUCGGGAUUGUGGUCAGCUGGAAGAUGCUUCAGUUGUGUACAAAAUGUGGGGAAAAUCAACAGCACAGCUUCAUUCAGCAGCAACCACUGUCUCAACAACUUCAUCCGCUACAGCAGUUGCAGCAGCAGCAAGCUUGGAUUUCCUCUCGAACUGGUGGGAAGUGGAGGAAAAAGCUUCUUGUUAUCUUUGUCUCUGCUGGGGUGAUCAGUGCCAUCUGGUUGUAUUGGUACAUGAAUGCAGACAUUGCAUUGAGAAGGAAAGAAACACUGGCAAGCAUGUGUGACGAACGAGCGCGAAUGUUGCAGGACCAGUUCAACGUAAGCAUGAACCAUGUUCAUGCAUUGGCUAUUCUUGUUUCCACAUUUCACCACGGAAAGCAACCUUCUGCGAUAGACCAGAAAACUUUUGAAGAAUAUACCGAGAGAACAGCUUUUGAGAGGCCACUUACAAGUGGUGUUGCCUAUGCUUUAAGGGUUCGUCACUCAGAGAGAGAAGUGUUUGAGAAGCUGCAUGGGUGGACAAUCAAGAAAAUGGAAUCCGAGGACCAAACUUUAGCGCAAGAUUAUAUCCCUGCAAACUUGGAUCCUGCUCCUGAUCAAGAUGAAUAUGCACCUGUCAUAUUUUCACAACAAACUGUUUCCCAUAUCGUCUCGAUUGAUAUGAUGUCAGGAAAGGAAGACCGUGAGAACAUUUUGCGAGCAAGGGCUUCUGGCAAGGGGGUUUUGACGUCACCCUUUAAGCUAUUGAAAUCCAAUCACCUUGGUGUUGUUCUUACAUUUGCGGUCUAUAAUACUCAUCUCCCUCCUUAUGCUACCCCAGUGCAACGCAUCAAUGCUACUGUUGGGUACAUUGGUGCUUCCUACGAUGUUCCAUCAUUAGUCGAAAAGCUUCUGCAUCAGCUUGCAAGCAAGCAAACUAUUGUGGUAAAUGUUUAUGAUACAACUAACAAGUUCGCUCCAAUUCAAAUGUAUGGCAUGGAUGAGAACGACACGGGAUUACUGCAUGUUAGCAACCUUGAUUUUGGGGAUCCAGCAAGGAAGCACGAGAUGCAUUGCAGGUUCAAGCAGAAACCUUCUCCACCCUGGACAGCAAUAGCUGCAUCUGUUGGCGUCCUCGUUAUCACUCUGCUUGUUGGUCACAUCUUCCAUGCUGCCAUCAACCGAAUUGUUGAAGUUGAGGGUCAGUAUCAGGAAAUGAUGGAACUCAAACAUCGUGCCGAGGCUGCCGAUAUAGCAAAAUCUCAGUUUCUUGCAACGGUUUCUCAUGAAAUCAGGACUCCGAUGAAUGGUGUUUUAGGCAUGCUUCAAAUGCUCAUGGACACAAACCUUGACCCUACGCAACUGGAUUAUGCGCAAACUGCUCAUGCUAGCGGGAAAGAUCUGAUAUCUUUGAUUAAUGAGGUUCUUGAUCAGGCUAAAAUUGAAUCGGGAAGGCUUGAACUGGAGGCUGUUCCUUUUGAUCUCCGUGCUGUACUUGAUAAUGUUUCAUCACUCUUCUCAGGAAGAUCUCAUAAAAAAGGGAUUGAGUUGGCAGUUUAUGUUUCUGAUCUAGUCCCAGAAGUUGUCAUCGGAGAUCCAGGACGGUUCCGGCAGAUAAUUACGAAUCUAGUUGGAAACUCAAUUAAGUUCACAAAUGACAAAGGGCACAUAUUUGUCACAGUACAUUUAGCUGAUGAAGUGAGGAACCCUCAUGAUGUGACGGAUGAAGUCUUGAAACAAAGCUUAACCGUUGUUCAAGAAAGGUCAAAUGCAUCUUGGAAUACCUUAAGUGGGUUUCCUGUAGUUGACAGAUGGCAAAGUUGGCAAAAGUUUGAUAGGCUGAGCAGCACAGAGGAAGAAGUGGGAAAGAUCAAGUUGUUAGUGACCAUAGAAGAUACUGGCGUGGGAAUUCCUGUUGAAGCACAAGACCGUAUUUUCACACCUUUUAUGCAGGCUGACAGUUCAACAUCUCGAACAUAUGGUGGAACAGGUAUAGGAUUGAGCAUUAGCAAGCGUUUGGUGGACCUCAUGGGGGGAGAAAUCGGGUUUUUCAGUGAAUCUGGCACAGGGAGUACAUUUUCAUUCACUGCUUCCUUUGCAAGAGGAGAAGAAGGUUCAUUAGAGCGUAAAUGGCAACAGUACGAUCCAGCUGUUUCAGAGUUUCGUGGUUUAAGAGCAUUGGUGAUUGAUGAUAAAAGCAUUCGGGCAGAGGUGACAAGAUACCAUCUGCAGAGACUGGGAAUAUGCGUCAACAUAACUUCAACGAUGCGUUCGGCAUGCUCAUAUCUUUCUAGUUACUCUAAUACUAGUGCAUCGGGACAUUUAGCUGUGGUUUUUGUUGACAAUGAUAGUUGGGAUAAGGAAACUUCUCUUACACUUUGUAAUAUGUUGAAAGAGCUCAGACCAAAUGGCUCAACUACUGCUUUGAAAAAGCGUCCAAAAAUCUGUCUGUUAUGUAUGAGCACUAUGGAGAGAGAUGAGCUCAAAUCAGCUGGAAUUGUGGAUCACGUGUUAGCAAAGCCUGUGCGGUUGAGUGGGUUGAUAACAUGCUUUCAAGAAGCCAUUGGCUACCAAAAUAAGAAGCAAGUAACCCGAGGAAAACCUUCAACUCUUGGAAGUCUACUGACGGGCAAGCAUAUAUUGGUGGUAGACGAUAAUGCGGUAAACAGAAGAGUGGCAGAAGGUGCUCUAAAGAAGUACGGGGCGAUAGUGACCUGUGUAGACAGUGGAAAGGCUGCUCUAGCACAUCUUAAUCCACCACACAAGUUUGAUGCUUGUUUUAUGGACCUCCAAAUGCCUGAAAUGNNNNGGUUUGACGCGACAAGACAAAUACGCAGUCUAGAAAACAAAUACAACGAAAAAGUCGAUUCUGGUGAGUUACUUCCCAGCAUGUCUGCCAAAGUGGCUCAUUGGUACACCCCAAUAUUAGCAAUGACAGCAGAUGUAAUUCAAGCAACAAAUGAAGAGUGCAUGAAGUGUGGGAUGGAUGAUUAUGUAUCAAAACCGUUUGAAGAAGGACAACUUUAUUCAGCAGUGGCACGCUUCUUUGAGUCAGGUUGAUUAGGACAUUGUUAACCGUGCAGCGACAUCUUUUGAGGUCCAGUCUGAUGGUUUAGUUAACUUGUUUCCGGGAUAAAGGGCCUAAGUUAUUUGGAUAUCUAACGAAUUCCUCUGUUGGUAGCGGAGGACGGAGCUUUGGCCAGUCAGAUGUCUGACAGCCGAUUCCCACUGUUGCUGCUGGAUGAUUUAGCAGCUCAUCCGAAAAACGUCUACUCUUCCCUUUUGUGGAAUGAUGGCUAACAACCACUAGGUACGGAAAAUAAUGCAUGGAUACUCCUGGACUGCAACCAAUCGCUGACGAGGACUAUCCCACAUGAAGGCAAUAAUAGAAGAAACUUUAUUCUGCAUAUGUAUAUUACACCUUUUUUCUGUGAAGUUCCUGUCAAUUGAAGCCAGUUUGCUAACUCCGUUGAAGCAGGUUCGUGCCAAAAUGCUCAUGUUCAUUUAUAGGUCCCGAGAUGUAUCCUGUAUUUCGGGUGAUCUCAUAGAAAAAGAAGUAUGUAAAUAGCGUAGACAUGAGAGUGCAGUAUAGUUGGUUUUUUCAUUUUGAACCAUUUUUUCCUUUAAUUUCACUUGAGUAGGGGUUGAGUUUAGGAAGUUAACUGUGGGUAUUAUGAGAUCAGGUUAGAAUAGGCUCUACAAUGAAAAUUCUUUGUUGAUGAUUAGGUUUUUCUUCUUGUAUAAGUGUUUCUGUAGUGAGUCAAGUAUAGUUAAAGCUAUAGAUUGUGUAAUAUUCUGUAAAUAAAGGUGCUGAAAAUAGGUUGAGCUUGGUGUUGUAAGUGAUAUAGUUUAUACUGUUGAAUACUGAAAUGUAACCAUAUCUUUUGGUGUGAAUAUGAAUUCUUUGCAUUGUAAGAGCCA